ACACGGUUCUGGAAUUUAGUGGAUUCCAAGCAAUGGAAGGAUUUCUGGAGGAACAGAGUGAUGAGCUGCAUCUGAGGAUGAAGAUUCGCCUUUGGACUACUUAUUACGACAAAUGUGUCCAUAAAGAUUGGUAUAUUAAAAGAGUUCGAGCGUAUAUUUGGCAUGGACCUCGAGAAGGUGAAGUGUGUUUUUUGUCAUAGAUUUCCGGAUGAUGAGGUGUACGAGUGUAGCAGCCAGCAUCUGGGAUGUAAACGAUGCGUGGAGUCGUAUGCCAAGAAACUUUGUAGUCAGUGCUUAAAACUUUUCGACAAGAAGAAAGCAAAUCCGAUUGAGCAGCUGGUGAAAAAUGCUAAAACGCCAUGUCCCUAUAAAUCAGCGGGUUGCACCUGGGCUUUCAGUACGGCGGAAAUGCGCCACCAUACGGAAGAGUGCAAGUUUCGCCCGUAUCGCUGUAUUGCGACUAAGCUGCAAAUUAUAGGAUGUAACUGGACCGGUUUGCAGUAUGAAAUCGAGAGCCAUCUGCGGAAGGAUCACGUUGUACUUGGUAAUGCUUUUAGCUACUACCAAGAAUCAGCGAUCCCGUUUUCGGACACAAAGUCAAGAGGAAGCAUAAAACUGGUGGAUGCUUUCAGCAAGCAAUUUUUGUUCUAUUUUUUCUCGAAUGUAACAACACAAAUGGUAUACUUCAUGAUUAUAUACUUCGGUCGCCGUGAAGAAGCCCGUCAGUACUAUUACGAAUUUGACAUUCGUUCACAAAACGACAAGGAUAUUCGACGUAUUAAAUAUGUUGAGCAAUGCACUGCCGAUUGCGAUGAUUUGCUGAAGAUGAUCGACGAAGAAAAGUGUGUGGUCGUUUCGUUUAAGACUAUAAAACACUUUUUGCAAGAUGACUCAAAGAUUCCUUUCCGCUUUAUUGUAAAGAAGAUUGACAAAGAAUCGGAACCGACUGUUCGUGAGCGCCGGAUUUCAGAAAAUAACAGUCAAGAGAAAAAAACUAAAACUCCCAAGCCAACUCCAUUUGUGUUCCCGACAAAGGGACAAAUGAAAGCCAAUGUUAACCGCAGCUCUCCCGUCGGAGGUACAUCAGCUGGAGCAAGUGGAGGCCAUCAGCUGUCUCCAAAGUCGCCGGCUGCACCGCCUGCGCGAAAGAUUUCUGCCCCUGCUAACUUAUCUAAGUCCAGCGCGACCAAUUUUAGUUCGGAACAAAGAACUCCCAUUGAUUUCUCGUCGAUUAAUAGAGUGGCUUCGACUGGGGAAGGUUCACCAAUUUUAAAGCAGGAAUCUUCUCCGUUGCUGACCCCGUCAAUCAAUCGUAAUGAUGCGCCGCCGUCGUACAAUACCCUGACGGGUAUGUGCCGACUGUCCACUCAACCGUACAAAAUGUCAGAAGAUCGAAUAUACUUACAAAGAUACCCGGAGGAUUGUCUAGGUAAACCGUUGUUUAAGCGGUAGCAUAGUAAGUAGUCUAACGAUAAGUAAU